AUGCCUAAACGUAAAUGCAUAUUCACUGACGCCCUAAAGGAAGAAUAUACAUUUUUAAAAUUGUGUGAACGAGUUGGAAAUGAUGGAAAAAUCGAAUGUAUUAGUUGCGGUGCAAUUUUCAGUAUUGAUCAUGGUGGUAAAUCUGACAUAAAACAACAUAUUGGCACCAAACGUCAUAAAUUAGCUGAAGAAUCAAGCAAAACUAAGAAAGUUAAUGCAUUCUUUGGAAAUAAAAGGUUUGUCGCUGCUGAUAAAUUAGUUUAUAUAAAUGAAGGUACUUGGGCUUAUCAUGUUUGCAAACAUAAUCAAAGUUGCUCAUCAAUGGAUUGUACGUCGGGUUUACUUCGUAAAAUGUAUGACAGUAAAUUUACUUGUGGUGCUACUAAAACGCAAGCAAUAAUUGUAAAUGUAUUGUUUCCUUAUGCAAUUAACUUAAUAAAAAAUCAAUUAGAUGCUGCUAGUUUUGUAACAGUUAUGAUUGAUUCGUCUAACCACAAAGACCUAAAAAUUAUUCCAGUUUUAGUACGAUAUUUUUUGCCGGAAACAGGUAUAAAAACUGUUAUAAUAGAAUUUACUGAUCUACCCGGGGAAACAGCUGUACAAUUAACAAACUAUGUUUGUGAAUUGUUAAAGACAUGGAAAAUUGAAAAAAAAAUAAUUGCAUUAUCAGCAGAUAAUACCAAUACAAAUUUUGGAGGUGUACUUAGACGAGGAAAAAAUAAUCUUUUCACUCAUUUAAAUGGUAAUGUUGAAAAUUAUAUUAUUGGAAUCGGAUGUUCAGCGCACAUAUUAAACAACUCCAUUCAAAGUGCAUCCGAUACAUUACCAAUUGAUCUACAAAUGAUCAUAUCCAAAAUAUUUCAACACUUUUAUAUUUAUUCGGUCCGUGUUAAUACUCUUAAAGAGUUUUGUGAUUUUGUCAAUAGUGAUUACAAAACUAUUUUAGGACAUUCAAAAACUAGAUGGCUCUCUCUGCAUCCAGCAUUGACACGUUUGAUAGAAAUGUUUGGUCCAUUAAAAUCUUAUUUUCUAUCAAUAGAAAAAUGUCUAUUUGUCCUCAAAACAUUUUUUGAAAAUCCAAUCUCAUUAUUAUUGGCAAUGUUUUUAAAUGCCCAAUGUGAGUUAUUUUCAUCAGUAAUUCGGUCAAUUGAAGGUAAUGAUAUAUCUGUGGUUGAAGUUAAAAUACAAGUAGACUACUUAAAAGAAUGUUUAAUUGGAAGACAAGAAGGUAAUUUUAUCACAUCAAAAGAAAAAACUCUUCUUAAUAACUUAAGAGAUGAAGGAUUAAUUACUGAAAUACAAUUUAGGAACUACAAAAAUAUAUUUUAUUCGACAUGUUUAAAAUAUAUUGAUCAAUGGGUGAGACCUACUUUAAACCAGUUUGACGGUAUAUCUUGGAUAACAUUGAAAAAUAUUCAAGAACACUUUAAUUGGGAUAAUAUGAUAAAAAGUAUCACCUUAAUAAAGUCUAUUGUACCUGACCGUCCUGACCUCAAUUUAUAUGAAGCAAAAUUAUUUGAUGAGAUGACUUUAUUGAAGAACAAUUUAAUGAACUACACUCCACCAACAGAUAAGAAAUUAGAAUCCAUGUGGGUGGAUAUUUUCAAAAUAGAAUCAGUUGGUGAAAAUUUAGUCUUUUCAAACUUAAAAAAUAUUGUGGAAUUCUUUAUGUGCAUCCCAGGAACAAAUGCAAGCGUUGAACGGGUAUUUUCACAUAUGAACUGUUUGUGGACUGAUGAGAAAAAUAGACUAAAUACAAAAACAGUAAAAGCUACGAUAACAGUUAAACUAUUUUUCCAUGAAAACUGUGCUGAGUUUCAUCAUAUACUCUCAGGAAAUGAGAAACUACAAAAAGAAAUUCAUUCUAGUCAAAAAUAUGAAAAAUAA